GCCACUGCAUAUAUUAGCGACGGAAGCAGCUAGCCCUUCCUCCUUCGGUCUUCAUCUCCCCAGCCCGGCGGCGGCGGCGACUCCACCUGGACCCGCGACCUCCCGUCUCCGUCGCCAUAGCCGUCACCCCCAAAACCUCUCCGAUCAGAUCCGCAGGCGCCGGGCUCCGCGGAGGCUCUUGUUCCCGGCCUGAUGCCGCGCGACCUGUCGCGGUCGCCGCCGCGCCGGCGGCGGCGGUCGCCGUCUCCGCAGUACCGCGGCCGGAGGGGGCGCAGGGACCGCAGCCCCAGCCGCAGCAGGUCCCCUUAUCGCCCCUCGUAUAGAAGGAAGAGCCCUUCUCUUUCCCUAAGAAGGCGCAAGAGCCGUUCUCCUUCUCCUAGGAGGCGCAAGAGUCGAUCUCCUUCACAAAAGCGUUACAGAAGAAAAAGAAGUCAAAGCGUCACUAGCUCUUCAAUCGCCAAAUCUGAAAGUUCUCACCUUCGGCAGGCAGAGAAUAAGAUUGCUAUUGAUAAGAAAAAGCUAGAAGAAGAAAAGAAAAGGCGCCAACAAGAAGUUGAAUUGAGACUAUUAGAGGAGGAAACUGCAAAAAGAGUUGAGCAAGUUAUUAGGAAAAAAGUUGAGGAGAGUUUGAAUUGUGAGGAAAUCAAGUGUGAAAUACAACGACGAAUUGAUGAAGGGCGAAAAAGAAUACAUGAGGAGGUAGCGGCCCGGAUUGAGAAAGAAAAGGAGGCAGCCUUAAUUGAAGCCAAGCAGAAAGUGGAACGAGAACAAAAGGAGAGGGAGGAGCGAGAGAAGAAGCUUGAAGAAGAACGAAAGAAAGCCGAAGAGGCAUUGAUGAAAGAAGCAAUGGAACAGCAGCAGAAAGAACUCGAGCGGUAUCAGGAGCUUGAGAGGCUUCAGAAAGAACGGGAGGAAGCCAUGAAGCGAAAACAGAUGGAUGAAGAGCAGCAGAGGCAGAACCAGAUGAAGCUGCUGGGCAAGAACAAGUCGCGGCCAAAGUUGUCGUUCGCUUUUGGGAUGAAGUAGCGCAUGGAUUAGCAGAAGGAAAUUACUAGCAUCUCGGUUGAUUUGUAACUGCCUGUCGCUGUAUGAAACCGCCCCUGUGUUCUGCAAACAAAUCGCAUUGUGGUACAAUGUAAUUGAUCUGCUGUGUAAAAGCUGCUCUCUUGGUGAAUA